GAUGGCUACAUAUGGGACUGUCGGUGAAUUUGUGGAGGGACACGAGGACUGGACGGAGUAUGAAGAAAGGUUGGGACACUUUUUCUCUGCUAAUGGGAUUACAGAAGAGGAUAAAAAGCGCUCUAUUCUCCUGAGUGCGUGUGGAGCAAAGACUUAUAAGUUGAUAAGGAACUUGGCCACACCGCGGAAACCGGGAGAGAUCCCAUAUGAUGAUCUUGUCACGCUCGUGGGAAACCACCACAAUCCAAAACCUUCUGUGAUAGUCCAAAGAUUCAAGUUUCACAGCUACUUCAGGAGGCAAGGUCAGUCUGUGGCUAACUUUGUAGCCGAGUUACGGCAGCUGUCAGAACAUUGUGAUUUCGGGGCAGUGUUAGAUGAUAUGCUACGUGACAGAUUAGUGUGCGGCAUUAAUAAUGACGCCACACAACGCCGCCUGCUGGGGGAAACUCCACCACUGACGUUCAAGAAAGCUCUGGAAAUCUCCCAAGGCAUGGAGAUGGCUGCUAAUAAUGCCAAGGAUAUCCAGAAAGGACAUGGAGGAGCACAAACAGCAGCAGUGCACCAUGUCAGGAGAGAGACUGGUAAGCAUGAAAGAAAAGUGGAGUGUUUUCGUUGUGGAGGGGGACACUAUGCAAAUGACUGUAAAUUUAAAGACGUUGUUUGUCAUGCUUGUAACAAAAAGGGACAUUUAGCCAAAAAGUGCAGAAGCUCAAAGGGGAAGGGCAAGCCGGGGCUGGGAAAAAUGCAGCAGGCUCAGGCAGCCACACAUCACCUAGAUGAAGAAGAUAAAGAGGCUGUGUGUUCUUUUAACAUGUUUGGUGUGGAAACGGAUGAAGAACCACCUGAGCCUUACUAUGCAACAGUCACUGUAGGAGGGCAGGACAUUAAGUUUGAGAUUGAUUCAGGAGCUACAGCCUCCGUUAUCAGUGAAGACACUUACAGGAGGACGUGGGGGUUUAACCAGCCUCCCAUCCGCCCAUCAAAGCUCAAACUUAGGACCUAUACAGGGCAGCCCAUUCCUCAUUUGGGAGUGGUUUAUGUGGACAUUUUAGCAGAGGGUCAAAAAGCUAAAGGCAGGCUGGUGAUCGCUAAAGGCAGAGGGCCCAGUCUUUUGGGCCGCGAUGUGCUUAGAAAAAUCCGACUCAACUGGCAUGAAAUAAAAUAUGCAAGCACAACAGAGGUCACUCUGCAGCGAUACAGUGAUGUGUUCAAGGAUGAGCUGGGAACACUUAAGGGCAUGACAGUAAAGCUCCAUGUUGACCCUGAAGCCACACCUAGGUUUUUCAAGCCCAGAGCAGUGCCCUAUGCCAUGAAAGGCAAAGUUGAAGAGGAACUGGAACGAUUACAGAAGCUGGGCAUCAUCAAGCCCGUCCAGUUUUCAAGGUGGGCAGCACCCAUUGUUCCAGUGUUAAAGGAGGACAAAACUGCACGGAUAUGUGGGGACUACAAAGUCACAGUGAAUCAGGUCUCUAAGCUGGAGGAGUAUCCAUUGCCACGCAUAGACGACCUGUUUGCGACCCUGGCAGGGGGUAAGCUGUUCACAAAGCUGGACAUGAGCCAGGCCUACCAACAGCUACUGCUCGACGAGGAUUCAAAAGAGUACGUCACGAUCAACACACACAAAGGUUUAUUCAAAUACAAUCGCCUGGUGUUUGGAGUGGCAUCCAGUCCUGCCAUUUUCCAAAGAACAAUGGACACUCUGCUGCAGGGGAUUCCGCAUGUAGCAGUGUACUUAGAUGAUAUUUUGGUCACAGGGGCCACGGAGGUGGAGCAUCUGGCUAACUUGGAAGAGGUGCUGAAGAGACUCUCAGAAGCAGGGCUGCGAUUAAAGCGCAGCAAAUGUGUGUUUCUAGCACCAAGUGUGACCUAUCUGGGACACAGGAUCACAGCACAGGGACUCUGCCCAGUGGAAGACAAAGUGAGAGCUAUUAAGGAAGCUCCAAACCCCAAAUGCAUCACUGAACUCAGAUCGUUCUUAGGCAUGGUGAACUAUUAUGGCAAGUUUCUGCCCGACCUCUCAAAAGUUUUGGCCCCACUGUACAAGUUGCUUCACAAUGACACGAAAUGGCAGUGGUGUGAGGAGCAGGAGGCAGCUUUCAAGGAAGUGAAAGAGCUCCUCCAUUCAGCAACGCUCCUGGUUCACUAUGACCCGGAUAAACAGAUAACACUUUCAUGCGACGCCUCGCCCUAUGGAGUCGGGGCAGUUCUUUCGCAUGUAAUGGAGGACGGAUCAGAGAAGCCGGUUGGCUUUGCUUCACGUACCCUGACAAAAGCGGAGCAGGGAUACUCACAGCUAGACAAAGAAGGUCUGGCCAUCGUGUUCGCUGUCAAGCGCUUUCAUCAGUAUCUCUAUGGUCGCGCAUUCAAGAUCUACACAGACCAUAAGCCACUGAUGAGCCUGUUCAGUGAGACCAAAUGUAUCCCACCGCUGGCCUCAGCCAGGAUACAACGUUGGGCGCUCACACUGUCAGCCUACCAGUACGCCAUAGAGUACAGAGCAGGUAAGGAUAACGCAAAUGCCGAUGCACUGAGUCGGCUGCCUUUACCUGACACGCCUGCUGUUACUUAUGUGCCUCCAGAGACUGUUUUCUCACUGGAAAAGCUGGAAGAGACACCUGUGAAAGCAUCCCGGAUCAAACAGUGGACAGAGAGGGACCCAGUCAUGUCCCAAGUAAAAACUUUCCUUUUACAAGGCUGGCCCAGUGUGAUAGAAGGAGAGGAGUUGAGGCCUUAUACUAAACGUAAAACUGAACUGAGUCUGCAAGAUGGCUGCAUCUUUUGGGGUGCGAGGGUCAUUGUACCUCCCCCAGGCCGUUCACAGAUUGUGGAGGAAAUACAUGAGACUCAUCCAGGUGCAUCGCGGAUGAAAAGCCUCGCAAGAUCCUAUGUCUGGUGGCCAGGACUGGAUAAGGAUCUGGAGGACAAAGUGAAAGGAUGCACGCAGUGUCAGAUUAAUCAGACCAUGCCUCCACCUGCUCCUUUGCACCCAUGGGAGUGGCCAGACCGUCCCUGGUCUAGGCUACAUAUGGACUUUGCGGGCCCUUUUAAGGGGCAGAUGUUUCUCCUAAUGGUGGAUGCGCAUUCUAAAUGGAUUGAGGCCCACAUCAUGAGCAACAUCACAGCCCCCACAACCAUCGACAAACUCAGGCAAGUGUUUGCAGUACACGGCUUGCCUGACACACUAGUCACUGAUAAUGGUCCGACUUUCACCAGCGAGUUGUUCAGUGAGUUCAUGCAACAGAACGGCAUUCAUCACAUAAGAACAGCUCCUUUCCACCCAGCCUCAAAUGGACUGGCGGAGCGGGCUGUUCAGACAGUGAAGGAGGGCCUGAAGCGAAUGACAGGUGACUCACUCAGCACUCAGCUUUCACGAUUCCUGUUUAAAUACCGCCUCACGCCACAGACUACAACGGGGCGCACGCCAGCAGAGAUGCUGAUGGGGCGUCGGCCCAAGUCAAGACUGGACCUGCUGCGUCCGGACAUGAAGGCAAAAGUGCAGGGAAAGCAGGAAAAACAGAAAGAAAGACAUGAUCAACAUGCACGUGAGAGACAGUUGAAACCAGAUGACUGUGUCUAUGUGAGAAACUUCAGCAGCAACAGCAACCAGCAGUGGCUACCUGGGAUUAUUCUCAAGAGGAGUGGGCCAGUUUCCUACGUUGUUAAGCUGACUGAUGGACGUAUCUUCCGCAGACAUCAGGACCAUGUGCGCCUGCGGCAGGAUACAGGCUCAGAGACAGACAGUUCCACUGAGUUUCCAGGGGCUGGACCAACAGCAGUAGGGGUGGGUUCGCCAGAGUCUGAGACAAGGACAGAGGCUUCUGUUUCCUCUGGAGAGGAUGGACACUCUCACACUGACAUCCAGACCUCUCCCAGUCUCCCUACACCAGAUCCACCGAAGUCACCCACACCAGCGGUGUCUGCUGGGUCACCAGAGGUAGUGCGAAGGUCGCAUCGCACUCGCAAACCUCCAGACAGACUGAAUGUGUGACUGAAAGUUUAAAU